AUUUCCGUGUGUUGGUCCCUUCCAGUGAUGCCGCUGCCUUUGCAUAUACCCUACAAGGAGGAGCAGUUCCGACCAUGGGGCGGCUAUGGAUCCAUGGAACUGGACUUGCUGAAGGGUCGGCCAAAGCUCAGGGCUAGUUUGGUCCCGAUCUUCUUCUCCAUUGUGCUGCCCUGGUGCCUUUUUGCCUUCACCUAUUUGUCGGUGGCCUCCUCGAUGCAUUUGACGAAUCCUGCAGAGACCAUGGUGGCACUGGCCUGCGGCGCCCUGCUAUUGAUCUGCAUGUUCUUCGCAUGGCUGGAUCGACUGCUGCGCUGGCGAUCACCGGAACCGUCAACGUUGGGAUUCUUCGGAUUUUCCUUCCUGUUGGCUUGGAUCGCAGGCAUUCUCCUGGGAACUAUGAGCUACCAAACGUAUACGUUGAAGUGGUUUGAGCUUACGAGGCUCAACACCUACAAAGGUGUGGACCCCGACGUGUCGAGGGGCGCGCAGCUGAUGGAUGCGGGAUUCAUCAACUUCCUCCCAGGAACCCAUGUCGAGGUCAACAUCUCGAUGGGUUACAAGGAUGAAUCGCUUUACUGCGUCGCCCCACUGCAACUUGGACCUCUGCCUUUAGUGACCUACGACUUUUGGCUGAUUGGAAAAGACUGCUGUCAGGCCAGUAAACGUGGCUUCUCCUGUGGAUCUGCCAAGCAUCUUCAUUCCAGUGGCAUGAUCGCACGCAGGGUCUUGGCUGAUGAUUUGGACUACUACAAGUUGGCUGUACAACAGGCUGAAGCUGCCUAUGGCAUCAUGGCAGCGCAUCCCUUGUUCUUCGAACAAGCCAAGGUCGAUGAGGUCCCUGAAGAGCUGGUGAACCAAGCGCAACAAGCCUUACAGCACUAUUUCUUAGGAUAUUUGGGCUUUCAAUUCCUCCUGGUGAUUCUGGCCAUCUUCUUCUACUUUCCACCUUCUGAGCGUCGUUGAGCGAUGCAUUGCAUCAGCGCGACCUGCUGAAAAGACAACGGAGGCAUGGGCUGUCUGGG